AUAUGAAAGCAGAAACUGAUCCGUACCGCAGUGUUAAAUAUCAACUGCAGGAUGGCGCCAGAAUCGAAAAGCUUUGUUUACGUCCAAAGGUUCUCGUAAUCACUUUUGUUUCCUCAGGUUGAUUGUGGGUUUUGAGGUAUUUGCUGUAACUGUCUCUGCGCGAUUAAGGUCAUUAUAAAACCCAAACCGCAACAAGGGUGUGAUGGAGAACAGAAGAGCAAGACUUUACGGAAAGAAGUUUUCAACUAUAUCAGAAAAAAUAUUUCCUGGUUUGUCUACAUGUUCCGCCCAAACAUUAAACUGCCCGGAGGGAGUAGGAACAGAAACACUUUCCAGCCUUCCUCUACAGAUGGCGUUGUACUUCAGUGUGAUCUUCUUCCCAGUUUGGCUUUCUUCUAUGACAGUUAUGUUUCAUUUCAAGUAUGGGUGCCUUACUGUUUUAUAUCGGUUCCUCGUUUCUACAGUUCUUCUGACAGCGGCGGUUAAUGAAUGUCUUAGACUGUACCUUGGGUACAUUGGUAACCUAUCAGACAAGGUACCUGAACUGGCUGGAUUCUGGUUGCUGUCACUGGUUCCACAGCUUCCUCUCCAGCUGUUUUUGUUGCUUAAUCAGAACAUUAUGCUACAACCACUGGAGCAAAUAGUCCAGUCAUUUUCUGUACUUUUAUUAAUUAUUCAGUUACUGACUGGCUUUUUUGCACUACGCCACUCUUCAAAGAUCCAUGCUGAGCAGUCUCGUUUGCGUGUACUACUUUCUACACAGCAGAAGGAUGAUUAAUAAGGUAUUACUCUUACUCAACAUUACGGAAGGACCCAUUAUUUCACAGAUGUAUUCACAGGGCUGCCCCAAGUUCUGGAAAUCAGGGAAUUUCAAAAGUGUCAGGGAAAUCGGGGAAAUUUGGAGGGGGGGGGGGGGGGGGGGACUGGAAAAAUCUCGUUUCUUCUCUCAGUAGAGGAAAUGGUUUGUUCACUGAUUUGGCAUGCAUCAUCGCUGGCUGGGCACAGCUAAGUACGUGGGCCGCUUCCCCACUCCUUCAUUAUUCCUCCUUCUCCCCUUUCUGCCACUCCCCUCAGCUUGCAGUCAGUGCUGCUGAUGAGAGGCAGGGAGAUGUGAGGAGUGGUUUGUUUGGAGCUGAUUCUCAGAUACUGUUGACACAGCGGCUGGAGACAGCAGCCAUGUGUGCAUUAGUUGUGUAUGAAUGAUUAUGUGAAUGUGUAUGUGCUCUUGUUUUGUGACAAAGGCUAUGGCCAAAAAUUUAAUUGUGAGAGUGUGAUUGUCUUCUAUAUGUGCCUGUCAGUGGCUGAGCGAUCAUACGAAAAAUUCAGUGGAUGGAGGUCCCAAGACACCUACAGUAUCGUCACAGGUGAUGAAAUGUGGGUCUAACAUUAUGACCCUGAAACGAAGAGACAGUCUUCUGUGUGGUGCUUUCCAGGGGAGGAACCACACACAAAAGUUGACGAAAUCGGAGCUCUGGAAAAAAGAUGGUGGCAACUUUUUCCACAAAGAUCGGGCCGUGGACACAUGUCGUACAGUCAAUGCUGAAUGGUACGUGAACGAUUGUCUUCCGAAGGUCAUCGCCACAUGGAAGUCACAGCAUCCAAAGUCCAAGAGUGGGCACCUUCUGCUGCAUCACGACAAUGCAUCUGCACACAGGGCUGCCAGAACGAUGGACUUUCUGGAGAAGGAAAAAGUGCGAGUGUUACCCCAUCCCCCCUAUUCACCUGACCUGACCCCCUGUGACUUCUUUCUGUUCCCUAAGACUAAGGAAAAAAUUCGAGGGCAGCGGUUUUCAUCAGAUGAAGAGGCCGUAGGAGCAUACGAGAGUGCACUGAGUGACAUCCCAAAAGAAGCUUGGACUGACACAUUUUCUAAGUGGUUUCAGAGAAUGGAAAAAUGUAUACAUGCUAAUGGAGAGUAUUUUGAAAAGUUGUAAACACUUUUUUGCAAAUAAAUUUUUUUUUCACACAUUCUGCUAAAAACUUUCGGCAUAGCCCUCGUAUUUACGGAGAGUUGCUACCUAUCCUCAUUAGUAUUGAUCAUUAGAG